AUGAAUCGACGCAAUAAUGCAUUCGUCGUUGUUCUUGUGACGCUUCUGGCAUUCGCUGUAAGCGCUUUUGAGAACGACGACGUGGCUCAUCAUCGUACUCUACAAGCUGUGAAUUUUCGUCAGGAUUUAUUAGACGCUAUUAACGAAGCUCGUACAUCUCAAGGACUGAAUGAAGUGUGUAUAAAUGAACGACUGAUGAACGCAGCGCAGAAUCACGCAAACGAUAUGACUGAGAUGAGUACGAUCUCGAGCAGGGGCACGGACGGAUCGACGCCAAAAGAACGUGCUAAGACAGAGGGUUUUGUGGCUGAAACGGUGACGGAAGUUGUUGCGGGUGGGUUUCGAACCGCGGCAAGUGUUGUUGCUGCGUGGUGCAAGGCUAAAAAUGCCCCGGAAACGAUCUAUGGCAGCCAUGACGUCAUCGGUGUUGGUUACUCGUACGACAGGAUGGUAAAAUCCGUGCACUUCUGGGUUGUGGAUUUUUCGGUCGGUGAAUGCGGUGAUGGUGAGAGUACGGCUAAAGUCAGCGGUUCGCCGACUGGCUUUGAAUUGCUUAGAAGCGGUGACUCGGAGGCCCUAUCAAGUGACGCCACUAAAGUCAAACCGGGUGGAGACAAACCUCCUAACGAUAGCAAAGCAAAGCUGGCAGCUACCGAAGAGAAAGCUCAGACGCCAGAACCGCCAAAGCCCGAAGCUAAGCCAAAACUGGCAAAGGCCGAAGAUGAUUCGACAGAACCGCCAAAGCCCGAAGUUGAUUCGACAGCUACCGAUGACAAAGACAAGAAGUCAGACCCAGCCCCGAAGAGCGAAGUGUGA